GUGGGUGCCGAGAAAAGCGGUGCAUCGUGCCCUACGAGUUGAUAAACAUGAGUUGAAAGACGCUGAACGAUUGGAAAGUGUCAUUUUCAUCGCUCAUUGAACUUACAGUUUGGAUAUUCGUGAUGCCUGUCUUUCAAGAAACCUCCAACGCGGCGCGAGACCAGAGAAUCCUCCCUUCGCGCGCUCUACCGUUACCCCGACUCUCUCAGCAGCCAGACUUGUCCAAUGUCUCCGAGGAACAUAAGGAAGUCGUCGUCAUUGGUGCUGGACCGGCAGGUCUGUUUCUAACCUUGCUGCUCGCAAGAUAUGGUAUCACAGAAGCCUCACUUCUCUGUCUGGACUCCAAGCCGGGUACGCUGAAAGCCGGUCAGGCAGAUGGACUCCAACCCAGAACUCUUGAGGUAUUCCAAAGUUUGGGAAUAGCAAGUGAGAUCAUCAGUGAGGGAUGUCAUAUGGAAGAGGUUGCAUUUUGGAACCCCGUGCAAUCGAACGCAAACACCAACGGCAAUGGUUCUCAUGGUACAGGAAUUGAACGGACCAGUUUUGCACCCGAUGUCAACGUCCCUGCUCGUUUCCCGUUUGAGGUUACGAUUCACCAAGGCCGAAUUGAGCGAAUUCUAGAAGAGAACCUGCAUCUCUAUGCAGGCAAGAGUGCCAUCAGAAGAUCGCAUCGUUUCCUGGAGUACACAGUCGACGAAACCAACCCUGAAUUCCCCAUCGUGGUUAAGUACGCACAAGAUCUUAAAGAUGGAUCAACUCAACAAGGCACCGUUCGAACAAAGUAUCUCAUCGGUGCAGACGGCGCACGCUCGAAAGUCCGAAAAUGCAUGGGUCUCGAGCUCGAGGGUGAAACAACAGAUCAUAUCUGGGGUGUGUGCGAUUUCGUCGCCGACACCGACUUUCCCGAUAUUCGCAAACGCUCAGCAGUUCACUCAGACGCUGGUUCUGUCAUGGUCAUUCCCAGAGAACAGAUUGCAACGGGCGAGUAUCUCACGCGUCUUUACGUUCAGGUUGCUGAGGAGGUCGACACCAGUGGUGAUACUGGGACAGACAAAAAAUCUGCUGAUAAGAAGCGACGUGGUGCGGUUACGUUGGAAUACAUCUUCGAGCAAGCGCGGCAGGUUUUUGCGCCGUAUGAGAUUAAGAUCAAGGAGGGGACGGAGCCAGAUUGGUGGGCGGCUUAUCAGAUUGGACAGCGUAUGGCUUCCAGAUUUUCUGCUAAGACGUCUGAUGGGGUAGAAAGGGUGUUCAUUGUUGGAGAUGCCUGCCAUACUCACAGCCCUAAAGCCGGUCAGGGCAUGAACGUCUCGAUGAUGGACUCUUACAACCUCGCCUGGAAGCUCGCCCACAGGAUCCAUGGCCUUACUCCCGCAAGUCCCUCUGGAAUAGACUCUAUCCUCGAAACAUUUUCCCAAGAGCGCGUUGAUGUAGCUCGCCAGCUCAUUGAGUUCGACGCCCAGUUCUCGCACAUGUUCUCCGGUCGCAUUGGAUCAGCAGAUGCCGAGACCUCGGGUCUCACCCAUGAAGAGUUCCUUCGAGUCUUCAGUGAGGGCAGCGGUUUCACUAGUGGUUGUGGACUUCAGUACAAGGAGAGUAGACUGAUCAGGGAGUUGGAUGCGAAGAGUAACUUGUUCCGGGGAGAUCCACUUCUGGGCGCGUUGACACCAGGACGACGACUGCUUGAUGUUGAGGUGAAGCGCUAUGCUGAUGCUACUGCUCGUCAUCUGCAAGAUGAAAUGCCACCGACUGGCCGUUACUACAUCCUCGUCUUCACAAGCAACGACCUGCUCGACCAAUCCGGCACUUCGCAGUCAGCUUUACAGUCAUCCGUCGAUAUUCUACAAAAGUUCCCGAAAGGCACCGUAACCCCAAUUGUGAUGCAUCCACUCACUUCAAGAUUCGAGUGGAUUGAUCUGCCAGCGGGAGUAAAGACAUUUGCUGAGAUGCGGACUUAUGGAGUGUCAAAGAAGGAGGACGUCUACCAAGUGUUGGGUGUAUCCAAGGAUGAUGGUGUCGUUGCAGUGGUGAGACCUGAUGGAUAUGUUGGUAUGAUGGCGCCUCUGUCUAAGACGAGAGAUGUAGAAGAUUAUCUGCGAGGUUGCUUAGUUACUAUUUGAGCUAUAUACUACUUCGUAAGAACGUUAAGCGAAAAUUACAAAUUCCA